AUGAUUGACUCGUCUAUCUUCGAGAGCUUACAGUCGAAAAUCGAUGAAGAGUCCAAGAUCCGUGAUGUAUGCAUACUUCUAGAGUAUCUCUCUUCUCAGCUCGAACUAACCAAAACAACCAGGAAAUUCAAGAUAUCGUCCAGGAGCUCUCUAAGCGAGGUGACCUCUUCGUUCACUCUGUGUCUACAUUCCCAAGGCUAA